ACUUCUCUUCACUCACUCACACACUUUUUUUUUCUCUCCCCGCACUUGACCCACCUUGUUGGUUUCGACACAAAAAAAAAAGAAAGGUGCACUCUUUUUCUCCACACACACACACAUACUCACUUACUCUCUUCUCUUCUCUCAAGCAUAUAUUCUGCUAUUUUGUUGUCGACAUUGCUCCUCCUUUUCCUCCAGCCUUUCUGAAAACUCAAUAACCACCCUCCCACAACAGUAACAUUGCGCUGUCCUCGUCGUUGUUCCUCGUUUACAAAAAAGCGCAAGAGGAGGGACAGUAAAAAGUUUCAAUCUUGUAGCCGAGUUUUUCGUUCUUAAUCUUUCUUUCCACCACCUUUCUUAAACACAAUCUCCCCCCUUUAUAUAAAUUCAUUCUAAACAACACAAAAAAAAGUAAUGCUGGUGACCGAGACAUUUCACGGUUUUAUUGAGACGACCCAAGAUGUACUGCUUAUUUUCGAAGGGUGUCGUCGUGGACUGCUGCCGAGGAUAUGCCGUCGUCUUCAGGAGAAAGAACGGAAAAUGAUCCAAUCCGGGUCAGUGUUUGUUUUUGAUGAGCGUGAAUCAGGCAUUAAACGAUGGACCGAUGGCCGAGUAUGGAGUCCGUCUCGUAUCCUCGGUAACUUUUUGAUCUAUCGAGAACUGGAUAAGCGGGCUCCGGGCGAGAAGCGAUAUUCAGCCUCCACAGCAACAUCUGCUGCUGCAGCAGGCGAUAUGCGGCAGCGCAGCUAUAGUGCAGACCUUGGUGUGGCAGGAGCCUCGUCCCCCGACGCCGCGGGAGGUAGUGGUGGCGGCGGAAGUAUGGAUCGCAGCCGUGAGCGUCAGCUGGUGGGCAGCUUAUCCGACUCUUACAAGUUCCGCAGAGACGGCCUGAUCAAAAAGACCAUGUCUAUCGUCGUCAACGGCGUGGCUCAGCAUCUGAUAUCCUAUUACCAUCCCAACGACGUCUUGCAAGGUAACCUGCGCAGUCCCACGUCUGUGCCCGAGCUAGCAAGCCUUGAAAUCUCGCCCGAGCUUCUUGUCAAGCAGAAUUUCCGUAUCCCUCCUAUGGUCGAGCCUGCAUAUGAUCGUCCAGGCAAUGAAUCCUCUUCUAGUCCGCUUACACCACCUGACUCAUUGACUGGAUCUUAUGGAGACCGCCGCAUGCAUCAGACACUUCGCAGCAUGUCCGUGGGCUCGCUACGAGUACCAGAUAACAUCACCCAUCCGCAUCUUGUGUACCAAACACCGUAUCACCGCCUGGAAAAUGGCGACCAAAAAUUCGCUGCUCCCGGUGCAACACCGCAGUCAUCGUUGCCCGCGAUUUACAAUACCGGCUACGCCAUACCUUCGCCAACAAGUCUGUCAUCCUCUCCAAGCACCCCAAUGCUCUCGCCCGUCAGACAAUCCUAUCACCAGCAACAACAUCAUCAGCGCCAUUAUUCCACCUCUUCUGCAUCCUACCCUAGAAGCUACAACUCGAAUGAUCUAGUGUCACUAUCAUCACAACAACACCAUCAUCCGUCCCAAUCCCCACAACAACAUACGCAGGAUUUGCAACAUCUCUCCCAUCAUCAACAGCAGCAACACACACCUUCACUUCCUGACAUAGGAUUUUUUACCAACCAUAACAAUGCUACUGGUGCUGGUGUGGGUGGCGAGACAAAUAGCAGCAGUAUCAAGCAAGAAUCUCAGGAGGCGAGAGGAGGCGAGCAGACCACGCGUUAUGCAUCAAACGCCAACCUUGGUCAGCUACUGAACCCGGUGCAUCCUUUGCACAAUGUUUCCGAGACAACAGGCACCAACUCGACGACGACAACAACAACAACGACGACGCAGGCCCAGCAGCUGUACAAUCCAAUGACGGCAUCUGGCCAGGGUUACUCGUAUGAUAAUGCUGCAGCCACUGCGGGUCAGGAAGACACAACAGUAAAUAAUAAUACGAGCCAAAGCAGUAGCAGUGGUAGCCCGAUUGACAAUCACCACCACCACCACCACAAUCAUCAUCAUCACCAGCACCAGCAAGGCGGUGGAGGCUCGAUUGGUAUCGAUGGCUACAUGUAUUAUCAUGAUCGUCAGCAUUCACUUACCAAUAGCCAGCAUUUACCCGAUCAAGAUGCCGCGUCUCUGUAUCCCAAGAGUCUGUUGAACCCAUUCUUUGCACAUCUUUCUCUCCAUGACGGUGAAGCAACGGAUGCGGACUUGACUGGAGCUGGCACUGGAUUGAUGUUGAAGUGAAAAGAAAAGUCAACACACCUCUUUGUUAUUCCUCUCUCUCUCUCUCUCUCUCUCUCUCUCUCUCUCUUGUGUAUGUUUUAUAUUUAUAUAUACUCCCCUUUCUAUGAUUUUUUUCUUGUUCCACACACUAACUUCUUCGCCAUAUAUACAAACCGACCUAUAUAGCUCCUAUUCAAAAUAACCUGUACUACAUAACGGUAAAAGAAUAACCUCCUCCUCCUCCUCCUCCUCCCACUACUACUACUACUACUACAUCCCUCCAAAUCUCUCCUCUCCUUUUGUCCUAUAUCAUUUCC